AAAACACUUAACUCCAAAACCAGAAGUCAAGUGGGUUUUGGGUUUGCCGAGCUACUUGUAUAAAUAUAGCCAAAACCGCAGUCUCUUCUUCCAUCAAACAUUCUUCAUUAGAUAUUUUCUCUUCUACUAUUUUAAGCAAACAAAAGAAUUUUAGUAAAGAAAUGGAAGAAAUAAAGGAGAGAAAGAUCGUAGUAGCAGUGGACGAGAGCGAAGAGAGUAUGGAAGCUCUUUCAUGGAGUCUUGACAAUCUUUUUCCAUAUGGUUCCAAUAAUACCCUCAUCCUCCUCUACGUCAAGCCCCCUCUUCCCGUUUAUUCUUCCAUUGAUGCCGCAGGGUUUAUAGUGACCGGAGAUCCGGUUGCAGCCUUGAAGAAAUACGAAAAUGAGCUUGUGGAAUCAGUCAUGGUUCGAUCUCGAAACGUCUACCAAGAUUUUGAGUCCGAUUUCAAUAUAGAGAGAAAAGUUGGAAGAGGAGAUGCCAAGGAAGUAAUAUGUAACGCAGUUCAGAACCUUAAGGCUGAUAUGUUAGUUAUGGGCACACAUGACUAUGGCUUCUUCAAAAGGGCUUUGCUAGGCAGUGUGAGCGAGUAUUGCGCCAAACGUGUGAAGUGUCCUGUGAUUAUUGUGAAGAAGAAUAUGCCUCAAAAUAAUUGAGCUCAAAAGUCACAAGUCUUAUGAUUGUGUAUGGUUGAGAGCAAUUGAUGCAAUAGUUGAAUCAAUAUUCGUAUGUAAUCCUGUAUAUUAUAUAUAUAUAUAUAUAUGAAUUACUUCUACGUUUUUAUUUUCA